AUGGCACAAGUUAUUCCUCUUCCGGAGGUCGAACGCCUUAGUUCAUCCGUGAUCAGGAUCCUAGGCGGGAACCCAGGAAAGUUUACACUGCAAGGAACCAACACAUACCUGAUCGGCCGGGGAUACCACCGGAUCCUCAUUGAUACAGGCGAGGGCAAGCCCACGUGGGCUGCACGUCUUGAAUCCGUGCUGUCCGAAGAGAAAGCCACUGUGCAGCAGGCUCUGAUUACGCAUUGGCACCACGACCAUGUGAAAGGCUUACCGGACCUACUGAGGAUUUGUCCACAAGUCCAAAUUUUUAAGAAUCAACCUGACGACGGGCAGGCUGAUAUCCAGGAUGGACAGGUAUUUCGCGUGGAUGGGGCGACGCUGACGGCGGCCCAUACACCCGGUCACACAGUGGACCAUAUGGCAUUUGUAUUGGAAGAAGAAGAUGCGAUGUUUACCGGGGAUAAUAUCUUGGGGCACGGCACCGCUGUAUUCGAAGAUUUGAAAGUCUACCUGAAUAGCCUUCACCGGAUGCGAGAUCGGGUUUCAGGCCGCGGAUACCCGGGCCACGGGGCCGUGCUUGAGAAACUUAGUGUCCGCAUCAGCGAGUAUAUCCAGCACCGCCAGCAACGGGAAGACGAGGUGCUCCGAGUGUUACGGUAUGGGCAGCUCGAGGCUUCGGCGGGGGAUGCGUCGCCCGAGCGCAAGGCGUGGACGCCGUUGGAGCUGGUGAAACUGAUUUACCGGGAUGUACCCGAAAGCCUCCAUUUACCCGCAUCACAUGGGGUGCUGAAAGUGUUGAUGAAAUUGGAAGAUGAGGGGCAGACGGUACAUGAUUCGGAGUCGGGGAAGUGGAGGUUAAGCGGGGAGAAGUCGGCAUUAUAG